AUGGAGACGCCAGCGCAUGAUCCCGCCUCCACAAAUGGCGCCACCAACAAGGAUGAUUCCGCCAAUGGAGAGAAUGGGAACAAUGUCGUUUUUGCUUCACUAUCAACUGGAAAACCUCCCCUUGGACGACAUGCCUCUAGUGGAGACCAACCAAUAACAUUGGGUACACGCCAAGACUCUGUGGGCGUUCUUCCAGACGCUAGCGGUCCAAAUCCUGCAGCUGCUGAAAAUCCUGUCAGGGCACCCGCUCCCGCUGUCGCUUUGGGUGGUGGAGUACCAACACCGGCUGCUCUUGCGACUGUGUCUACUGUGAAACCACCGUCCCCAAAGACACUGGCAGCGAAUGGGCCACCGCCAGAUGUUUCCAGGAAUGCUCCUCCUCCUGUCGUGGAAACUACAAAAGUUCCUGAUCCACCCUUGCAACCAACACCCAAACCAGAACUUGCGCCCAUGAACGAAGCACCGGCACCAGCGCCAUCUGUAGCGGCACCAGCACCGGCACCACCGGAAUCACCAUCUUCUCCAUCUCCUGCUAGUGGAGAAGACGAUCAAGAUGGUGAUGUCAGCAUGGACGAUGCGGAUGAAGCCACUUCGGAGGAAUCCGAAGAAGCCAAUGCACCAGUUGCUGCAGCACCUCAAGAGAAACCAAAAGCAGCGACGGCUCCAGCAGCAGCUGCUCAACCCAAACCAGCGGCCUGGCCACCACAGCCCGCACCUGGUUACGAAGCUCGUGGAGGAACGGAAAUGAAGGAACUCAAGGUUGAAGAUGCUCUCUUGUACUUGGAUGAUGUCAAGAAGGAAUUUGGUCAUAGACCUCGGGUCUACAAUGAAUUCUUGGCAAUCAUGAAGAACUUUAAGAGUCAAGAAGUUGACACUCCAGGAGUGAUUGAAAAGGUGUCCAAGCUUUUUCGAGGGUACAACAAUUUGAUUUUGGGCUUUAACAAGUUUCUACCCAAUGGAUACAAGAUUACUACAGAAGACUUGAAGAAUCAAGAUGCCAAGUAUGCUCGAGAACAACAACAACAGCAGCAACAAGAGGCUCUCCGUCAGCAUCAACUACAACAGCUGCAGCAGCACCAGAAACAGCAACAGCAACAGCAACAGCAACCAGUGCCGAUGGAAAUGCAAAGCCAGCAACAGUCCUUGUCGGCCCGAUCGCCUCAAGCAGGAAUUCCUGCAGCCGCCGCGGCUAAUGCUCGGCCAGCAUAUCAAGGCCAUGACCCUCGAGUGCUGCCAUCGGCACGAAUAAUUCCAAACCCACCACAACGUCCUCCUGCUCAAGCUCGUCCAGCAGCACAACCCCAACAUCAACGCCCAGCCCAACAGCAGCAGCAGCAGCAGCAGCAGCAACCUCCACAACAACCAAAGGCCCAGCCACAACCACAGCAGCAACAGCAACAGCAAGGAGGACAAGGCCACCAAGCUGUGGAAUUCGAUCAUGCCAUUUCCUACGUCACCACCAUCAAGCGUCGAUUUGCCAAUGAUCCAAGCACCUAUCACUCCUUUUUGGAGAUUCUUCAUACAUACCAAAAGGAACAGAGAGGUAUCAAGGAAGUCCUGGAGCAAGUUGCCCGUCUAUUUCAAGACCACCCCGAUCUUUUGCGAGAAUUCACUUUUUUCUUGCCAGAUGCUGUUCAAGAACAAGCCAAGGAACGACUCCAACGUGCUGCUGCCGAUUCGGAGGCUCGUCAAGCUGCUGCCCAACGAGCCGCCAUGCAAAACUCUUCCAUGGAUGUGGACAGUAGCAGCAAGAGUGGUGGUGGUGAUGGUGGUGGUGCGUCCACAAAGUUUAUUGACAUGACUGGUCAAAAUGGUGGAAACUCGGACGCUCGGAGUCGCAAAAGAAGUCAGAGUGAAAUGGCCACGGAUGCUCCCGUCACUGUCGCGGCGCCUCAAGCUCCAGAGACCUAUGUCUACAACUCGGCGGUAGAACGUCAGUUCUUUGAUGCCGCAAGGGAGGCUCUGGCAUCCUACACGAGAGAUGGUGGUCAAGCCUGGGCUGAAUUUCUCAAGUGUCUAGACAUGUACGCCCAAGAGAUACUUUCCAGGAAUGAGAUGCUCAAUUUUGUUGAGCCCUUGUUGGGCAAGCGCAAUACCAAGCUAUUUGAAGAAUUCAAGCGCAUUUUGAAUGCUGCAGGAUCGGCUUCUGGCCAAUUUCCAUCCUUUGAGGAUUCCUGGCAUUCGGUGCCACUCUCGGAAAUCGACUUUUCCAGGUGUCGCCACUGUACCCCUUCCUAUCGUGCCUUGCCACGGGAUUAUCCUGCACCACCAUGCAGUGGACGCAGUGACGAAGAAUCCAAGAAUCUCAAUAAUGUAUGGGUGUCCUUGCCUGUUGGUAGCGAGGAAUCCUACACUUUCCGGCACAUGCGGCGGAAUGCUUGUGAGGAGGUUCUCUUCCGAUGUGAGGAUGAACGUUUUGAAAUUGAUAUGGUGAUUGACAGCAAUGCUUGUACUCUGGCACGGCUAGAACCCAUCGCCGAGGAGAUUGCCCAAUUGGCCGAGAAUGAAUUGAUCAUUUCAGAAUCGAGCACGAUUCCUCGUCCGGCAGCUGGGGAACAAGGAAUGGGCGGAAAGCGCUACCAGUUUACGUUUGACCAGUCAAUUUUGGGAGUCAUUCAUCGCAAUUCUAUUUCCCGCAUCUACGGAGAUGCUGGUCAAGAAAUUUUGGAGUUGAUAGAGAAGAAUCCCACCGUCACCAUUCCUGUGGUGGUUCAACGGUUGCGACAAAAGGACAUUGAAUGGCGUCGCGUCCGAGACCGCAUGAAUCGCCAAUGGAAGGAACUGGCCGAAGAAAACUACUUCAAGAGUUUGGAUCACCGCAGUCUCACUUGGAGAACUACGGACAAGCGUGUCAUUAGUACACGAACUCUGGUGGCAGAAAUUAAGGAUCGUUCCCUACAUAAAGGCAAGGAAGGUGAAUCUUCGCUUCAAGCUCGCAUGGACAAGGCCAAGGAAGAGCAUGGAACCUUCUAUCAAGUUACCAUGAAGCAUUCCCUCGCUAGAGAUUUGGAUUUGACCUCGUUGCCCAAGGCCGAUCGCCGUUUGUUCACUCCGCACAUGAGUCUGAUGGGAACAAAUGACUCUUCUGUUCAUAUGGAUGCAUACCGAAUUAUUUCCUUUGCGGUCGAGCGCGGUGCCAUUAACCCUACGGACAAGGAGCGCAUUCAUCGAUUGUGGAUUGAAUUCCUGGGACCAUGGUUCAAGCUCAGUACCAAUCAGAUGCUGAUGCCAGCGGCGGCAUAUCAAGAAUCCAGUAAGAAGGACUUUGCUAAGAAGAUGACAAAGAUUGUCAGCGAGGAUGGGGAUACUGGUGACGAGGAGAGCCUCGAUGGAGAGACCAAUGUCCGUGUUGUUACCGAAGAUGCGGUUAUGGAAGACCAGAAGAAUGCUUCUGUUUUCUUGGACCACCAUCCACUUCCAAGCGGAGCACUCGUAUCCACUUUGUUUGGGGAAGGCCAAGUGAUCAAGUUCCGACGAUCUGACAACACCUACAUUGUCCGUCUUCCAUUUGGAAAGGCUUACCUUGCUCCAAGCGGAAUUCUCUGCUCCAUUCUUGGCCCAGAGAAGUCAGCCUACACGACCCAGCUACGUGAGAAGGAUACUUCGAAGUUGUUGCGACCGGAUGACCAAUUUGCCAUUGGAACACAAAGUCUAUACCUUUUCUUCCGUCUCUUUCAGAUUCUUGUGGAACGCCUCGAAAUCGCUAGGGAAUUGGCUUACAACGCCAAGCGGGAUCAGACAUUACAAUCAAUGGUUGAGAAGAUGGAAGGGCACGACGAAGCUGCUUUGGGGAAAAAGCGCUACGAUGCCUUCUUGAGCUUGGUAUUUGGUCUUCUCGACGGAAACUUUGGCGGAACUCCUGCGACAAGCGGAAAGUACGAAGACAGAAUCAGGAUGUUGCUCGGGCAUGGGGGUUAUGCCAUGGCCACAAUGGACAAGCUCAUCUCGCACAUUUUGAAGAACAUGCAAUCUAUGGUCAAUGAUGACGCAAUGUGGAACUUGGUUCAACUAUACCGGCGUCACUUGGAAGGUGGCGACUUCAAGCCAGAAGCCUUCCGUCAAGAAGCUGCCUUCCUAUCCGAUGGAGAAGUCAUGUUUGCAUUCCAAAAGUGCCCUAUUCCGAAGAAUGGAGGCAAAAAAUGCGUCUUGUACAUUGAGCAUCUGGGCGUGAUUUCGGAGUCGGACGAGGAAGGGGGAUCUGUUGUGGAGAACACCGAAGCGUCUCCUGCUAACAAGAGACCAAGGAGGGAUCGAUAA